AUGGACUACCUUGAGCUAUCUCAAUCACUUAAUCCAAUCAUCAUUUGUGAUGGGAGCUUUGCCAAAGAAUCUGGUAAGGCUCGUUGUGCUUUUGUUAUAUUAUUUGAUAAGAAUUUUGUGCUUGCAUCCAUAGAUUUUGGAUAUGCAGGAUGUGAGCAAGAGGCAAAAGCAAGUGAUUGCUCUACUACUUGGUCUUCUCCUCAAUCAUUUCCUCCUCCUCCUCCUCCUCAUCAUGAUCAAUCUGAACUUCCUCCUCCUCCUGUCAUCAGACCUUGCGGCGCUUGUAAGACCCUCCGUCGAGGAUGCGUCCCAAGAUGCGUUCUUGCACCAUACUUUCCCCCAAACCAACCCCUCAAGUUCUUGGCUGUUCAUAGAGUAUUUGGAGCCAGUAACGUCGUCAAAAUCUUGCAGGAAUUACCAGAGAGCCAAAAAGCUGAUGCAGUGGAUAGCUUGGUCUACGAGGCGGUGGCCAGGAUUAAAGAUCCAGUGCAUGGAUGUGCAGGUGAAGUUUGCAGAUUGCAGAAGCUUGUGAGACAACUUCAGAUGCAAUUGGCUACUGCACAAGCCCAAGUUCUUAACACAGUAUCAUAUCAACAAGAGAGCUUCUCAUGUGAUUAUAACUCAUUGAUAUGUACGGAGAAGGAAGCUGAAGCUCAACAAGAACCCUUACUGGAUGAUGACUUCAUGUUGGGUACACCAAACUUCCAGAUUUAUGACUGCUUCUCAUGUAACAAUUCAUUCUUUCCGUCCAAUACCAAUAAUUAAUUCUUGAGGGAUUGAGAAACCAGUUGCUCU